AUCUCCUCUAGGUGCUGGAUCGGUGCCUGUUCUCCGCUUUUUGACCGUGGGCAGAAACAGCGUCGGCAUUUUGCUCGAUGCCAUCAGCAGAAUGCGGAGCGGCACCGGAAAACACACGCCCACGAGUUUGAAGCAUAUCUGAUCUCGGCAAAUCAACAGCUCCCGGCGCUCGCCUUGCUUCCUUGAGAUCUACCAGAUUUUUUUUCGUUCUGCAUACUCUUGACUGAUACCGCUCUUUCCAAAUCGAGAUUAUGUCUUGCGCACAAUGGGGCCAGGAAGCGUGGAAUCUCCGUAACGUAGUGCACGGACUCAGCCCUGAGUCCACGGCCCUUCUUUAAGAUACGACUCUUUCACAAGGCGCGUCAAACACCCGUCCUUUUCCCCACUCUCCUUUCACUCGGUGCAUCAUCUCCCCCCCUCCACCACCCCCGCCCAGCACAAGACAGCCCACCGCUCAUGUCACGUUCCACAGGCGGUCAUCCCCCUGGAUGUCUUUGCUCCCACUGCCAUCUCAAGCUCUUCCCGCGGGGCCCCGGUGACCGCAUCAUACUUCCUACUCCCGGCCCUUCACCGCAAAGUCCGCAGUUCCAGCACAGGCUGCCGGCGGCACCGCCCGCUCGACCCCAAUCGACUGCGCCGGGCGAGUAUCGCCCUUCGCACCGUCGCGGGCACAGCCAUGCCUACGGAUACGCACAGGAGGCCCCACCACCAGUACCGCCACUGCCCAUGGCGUCCAGAGGGUCCGGAGAUGCGAGAUACGGCAUGGAGGCACGGGGAGCGCCAGUGCCCGAACCGGCGCGAUAUCACCAAGCCCCGCCGAUUCGGCCGGCGAGUGCCAUGGCUCAUCAUUCCCGGUCGCGGACUCAGUCCACCUCACAACCCUCGACCCAGCAGCCACAUCAUCAGCCAGCACCUGCAAGUUCGCAGUCCCAAACGGCCGCGCAACAGCCAGAGUGGACCGCGCCUAAACUCAAAUGGGUGCAGAAAAAAGAGCGCGUGAGCCACUUCACGCCGCCGUCUCAGUACCAGGGCACGAGCUUCCGUCAGUAUGUACAUGAGGGAAUCAGCCAGUCCACCUCCAAGAGGGGGUCCUAGAGCACUCUGGAUCUAACUUAUUGUUUGUUUUAUUCGCAUGUUAUUAGACUGUAGCACCGCAUGGACCGACUUGAAAUGCAUACAUCCAGUAUGACGUA